ACAUAACAAAGUUUAAAGUGUGCAACUGUCAACGCAGGCAGAUCAAACAUAUUUGCAUCUUGAGCAAGUACCUCUUGCCGAACGUACAGGGGUGUAGACAUCCACAUCAGCUGGAUCGAGCGCAGAGAUUUUGUCGAUAAACCACCACCGGUUAUAAAACCACUGCCAACAGGGGGACUGCGUUACCAACAUCGAAUCGCAAACUUCUAAGUCGAACAUCCGACAAACAUGCUCAUCAAACGCCCGCCUACCAUCCUCCGUUCGAACAUCAGCUCGAUAAGGAGCGCAUCCAACAUCGCUCAGACGAAAGCGGCUGCCCAACAGGCUGCCGGGUGGAAGGGGACCCGGACGGAUGGCGGGGAGACGAAGCAUUAUAUCGGUGGGGAGUGGGUCGAGGUCGGAGAAAGUGGGGCAGAGAAGUGGUUCGACGUCAAGGAUCCCUCCACCCAACAAGUCCUCACCCGCGUCCCUCAGCCGCCCCGUUCUCUCUUGACCCAAACGGUGGACAAGGCGCAAGAAGCGUUCGAGAGUUGGAAGUUGACGAGCUUGUUGAGUAGGCAGGGGAUCUUGCUCAAGUACCAAGCUCUCAUCCGUAAACACCACGACGACCUCGCCCAAUCCAUCGUUCUCGAACAAGGCAAGACUUUCGCCGACGCCAAGGGCGACGUCCUCCGAGGCCUCCAGGUCGUGGACUCGAUGUGUGCUCUGCCGCAGAUGUUGACGGGCGACAAGCUGGAGGUCUCGACGGAUAUGGAUACGUAUGUCAGGAGGAGCCCGUUGGGGGUCGGAGCGGCGAUCUGUCCUUUCAACUUCCCUGCGAUGAUCCCGUUGUGGACUCUGCCGAUCGCCAUCGGGACGGGAAACACCCUCCUCAUCAAACCCUCCGAGCGCGACCCAGGCGCCGCCGCCAUGCUCGUCGAGUUGGCCUCUAUGGCCGGCGUCCCCUCCGGCGUCGUCUCCCUCGUCCACGGUGGUCCCGAGACCGUCAACUUCUUGUGCGACGACCCUCGUAUCAAAGCCAUCUCCUUUGUCGGAUCCGACGUGGCCGGGAAACACAUCUGGGACCGGGCUGGCAAGAACGGGAAACGCGUCCAAGCCAACCUGGGAGCCAAGAACCAUGCCAUCUUGAUGCCGGAUGCGAACAAGGAACAGGCGUUGAAUGCCAUCGCCGGAGCGGCGUUCGGGGCAGCAGGACAGAGGUGCAUGGCCUUGAGCGUUUUGAUCACGGUGGGGGAUAGCAAGGAAUGGGUACAAGAGCUCAUCACUAGGGCCAAGGGUUUGAAGGUCGGUAACGGUUUCGACGAGGGUAUCGACCUCGGCCCGGUCAUCUCGCCCGCGGCCAAGAACAAGAUCGAAGGCCUGAUCGCGUCGUGCGAGGAAGAGGGCGGCAAGAUCUUGCUGGAUGGUCGUGGUCACAAGGUGGAUGGGUAUCCGCAGGGCAACUGGGUCGGUCCCACCGUGCUCGAAGCCAAGGAGGGCAUGAAGUGUCACGAGACCGAGAUCUUUGGCCCAGUGCUCACGGUCCUCCAUGCCGAGACGCUCCAAGAAGCCAUCGAGCUCGUCAACCGAAACAUGUACGGCAACGGUUCCUCGAUCUUUACCAACUCGGGAGCCACGGCCAGGGUGUUUGAACGGACCAUCCAAGCCGGUCAGAUCGGGAUCAACGUGCCCAUCCCGGUCCCGCUUCCGAUGUUCAGUUGGAGCGGGAACAAGGGGAGCGUGCUGGGUGGGCAUAGUCUGUAUGGAAAGCUGGGAGUCGAAUUCUGGACCCAAAACCAGACGGUCACUUCCCUCUGGAAACAAGAGGACGCGCUCAACACCCGGGCCGAUGUCUCGAUGCCGACGAUGCGAUGAGAAGCCUUUUGGAACUUUGUUGAAGUAUGCGUUCAGGGACGACGGAACUGAUGUAGGAAGAAAAGACCAAGAAAGCAGGAACGGAAGCGAGAAAACAAGAGCGAAAACCAGAUUGUAUCAGUGCACCAAGCAAAGAAUGGUCCGAAUGUGUACGUGCGGGAAAUACACCUUUAGUCAUCGAAACAUGCGGUUAUCAGCUUGGGGGAUAAAGGAGAACAGGGCAGACUCAUGUUUGACCGGUCCUGCUUGUUGCUCCUAUCCACAUGUUGUUGACCACAACCUAUGCGACUCGACUCGACCUAUUAGCUAUCAGUGAUCUCGGACGACAUUUCCCCGCGAGUUCGGAAUCUCGGUCUAAUCAAUGAGCCGUGGGUGGGUUGACCGGGUG